AUGCGUCUUGAUGACAGAUACGUUCCAUACUUGCAGAUGGCAGGGCUAUACCAUCUUGCACGGCUGAACGACCGGUGGUUCCGGCUAGACGAGGCGCUCGUCAGUGCAUUCGUUGAGAGAUGGCGUCCCGAGACGCACACUUUUCAUAUGUCGUUCGGAGAGUGCACGAUCACACUCCAGGACGUGGCAUACCAGCUGGGUUUGCCAGUCGAUGGCCGUUACGUGAGCGGGUGCUUGUCAGAGUUCCAUAUAUACAUCGAUGGAGGCCGUCCACCCUGGGUCUGGUUCCAGGAGUUGCUAGGAGUUAUACCUCCUCCCAGUCAGGUUCAGAAGUACGCAGUGAACUGCAGCUGGUUUCAGGAGACCUUUGGUGAGUGCCCUGAGGAUGCAGAUGAUGACACUGUUCGCCGAUAUGUCCGUGCGUACAUCAUGAUGUUGCUAGGCACGCAGUUGUUUGCGGACAAGUCUGGCAACCGGAUUCACAUUAGAUGGCUUCCAUAUGUAGCGAGGCUGGAGGAGCUGGGUACGUACAGCUGGGGUUCGGCAGCACUGGCCUGGUUGUACCGGUGCAUGUGCAGAGUGGCAAACAGACAUGUUGUGAAGUUAGCGGGCCCGCUCCAGCUACUGCAGUCUUGGAUCUUUUGGCGGUUUCCUCAGUUUAGGCCUGCAGGAUAUGAGACGUUCAGCUGGCCGUUGGCGUCGAGGUACUAUACUGGGCCUAUUCUUUUUCAAUAUGACUUAGAGAAUUGCGUGUAUGUUAAUACUCUAUUGCAUAAUGUAAACACAGAUAUUAGUAUAUGUAACUCAUGUGUAUGGUGCAGAUGGGCAGGUUACAACCCUUCCGGUAGCGAGAAGGGUCCGAGAGUGCGGUCGUGGAGGCUUAGGAUAGACCGGUUACAGUCCAGGGAGUUUAUAUGGAUGCCGUACAGUAGCCCCGACGUACUUCAGGUGUUGCACCCGGAGGUUUUGGAGCCUCGGCACAUGGCGGUGUGGCGCAGUGUGACCGCGCUGAUCUACUUUGCUGUCAUAGAGUGGCAUCAGAUAGAUCGUGUUCUUCCUCAGUUUGGAGGGGUACAGGCCCCUCCGCGUCCCGCCUUGAACAUCGACUUUCUGAUGUCCAAGGACGGGAGAGGCGGCGAUCGAUGGUUCCCCUCUUCCAUGCCGAAGUGGCAUGCAUACUGGGACGCUCGUCAUGACAGUGUAUUGAGGUUCGAGAUUGUUGCCGACCCUGGACCGUCUCAUCAGUUCCUUCAGUGGUGGAGCCACGCUUCCUAG